AUGAAUCAACCCCAAACAUUAUCAUGUCCCUUCUGUUCAUUCUCCGACACGGACGCCAGCUUUCUGCAAAUGCACAUUGACCAUUGCCACCCAGAGAAUGGCGACUGGCAAACACCAUUGCAUUCUUCAGAACUGAAUGCAUGGGAAGAUAUGGGAUCACGCUCGCGCUCUCCUCUACCGCGAGCACUAUCUGAAGACCCAGCAGAGAAAUAUGUUGACUGUCCGCAUGGUUGCGGCGAGACAGUCACCACUGCUGAGUUGUCCACCCAUUUGGAUCUUCACCUUGCAGAAGGGAUUGCUUUUGAAGAUGCUGAUGCGGAUUCCAUCCCUGUGGUCGCGGAUGACUCUGCGAAUUCUGAUAUGUAUGAUAUGCCACUUAAACAUGAAGACCAACUGGAUCUCCAGGGAGCUUUAGAAGGGGGCAAGCGUGGCUCGGGGCGGAAUAUGGCCCGAAGCCAUAAUGUCGCCAAACCUACCAGAGCCAAAAGUCCGCCACGCAUCCGAGGAGAAGACGGUGCAAUAAGACUUGGACGCGCGGAACUGGGCCCUCAUGCCCAUGAAAAGAAAAUGCCCUCAUGGCUCAAACACAUGCUUGAAAAGGGCGGUCGAACUUCGAAGCAGACUCACAUCACCUCCGAUGGCAAACUCGCACGGCAGACCACCGUGGAGAAUGAGACCGACAAACUCAUUCCAAUCAUUGCGAAGCUCUGCGAGCAAGAUGCAACCUGUCAGCGUGCGUUUCUGUGCAAUACCAAGGUGCGGCAUAUCUGCAAACUCUCCCGCGAGGGUGGGUUCUGCGGCUAUCGAAACAUCCAGAUGCUGGUGUCGUAUAUCACAAAAACACAAGCUUAUGGCCAUUCACAUUUUCCUCAUGGCAUCCCCUCAAUACUUGACCUGCAGGACAUGAUUGAACAAGCAUGGGAUAUGGGCUUCAACAGUACCGGGAGAACGGAGACGGGUGGCAUCAAGGGAACAAGAAAGUUCAUUGGGACUCCAGAAGCGCAAGCUCUAUUCCAGAGCCUCGGAAUUCCAUGUGAUGCCAGCAGUAUCGCUUCGAGCGAGACAAUACCCGCCCACGAUCAACUGUACAUGGAAAUUGCCAAUUAUUUCCGUGCUGCCUGCCCUGUUGACGACGAGUCAAUCAAGGUCUUCCAGACCGAUCUGCCACCCAUAUAUUUUCAGCACGACGGCCACUCAAUGACCAUUGUUGGAUUCGAGAUUCGAGACGACGGGACUGCGAACUUACUCGUAUUUGACCCCAUGUUCAAGACUUCUCCGGCCGUCCAACGCCUAAUAGGUGCCUCGUCAAAUUCAUUGAAAUCUGUCAAUGCAUCUCGUUUACUCAAAGCGUAUCGCCGAGGAAACAAGUACUUGCAUAAAUACAAGCUGUUUGAGAUUUUAAAAUUGAUCCCAGUGCCGGAAGAUACGACGGACAAGGCGAGAUCGAAAUGA